AUGCCGCGGAAAUCUAACCUACACAAUCAGUAUAGUAAAAAUGCACGACGUAUGCGUGCUAAUAGAGCUCAUGAAUCGGAAGAACAAAUUGCAGCAAAAAACGCAGCUCAACAAAUCAGAACAGCAGAAAUUCGCAGACAAGAGUCUCGAGAACAGCGUGAUGAACGUCUACGACAAAAUGUAUUGAGAACAAGAUCGGCGCGAGAACGGCACAUAGCCACAUUUAGAGAACUUGACAGAGAGCGACAACAAACCAACCGUGCAUUAACACGUGCAUCAUUCGUUCGCCUUGCGUUCGAAUAUGCACCAGAUAUCAAUUACUCUGCACAUACUAAAAUUAUAAUUGGUGCAAUGGAUAAAAUAUGCCAAUAUUGUCAAGCGUUAAAAUUCCGCAAUGAAACGAUUGUUAUGUGUUGUGCUUCUGGAAAAUUUGUACUGGCACCUCUUCCUAUUCCACCGGAACCUUUAAAAUCAUUUCUUGCUGGCGAAUCAGACGAUUCGAAAUUAUUUUUACGUAAGACACGCAAAUUCAAUUCUUGCUUCCAAAUGACGUCCUUUGGCGCAACUAAAAUUUGCGACCUCACAUCUGAUGGAAAUAAUUUUGUAACUACGUUCAAAAUCCAAGGCCAAGUGUACCACAAGAUUGGGUCAUUAAUGCCAAUGCCUAAUGAUGAUCCAAAGUUUCUCCAAAUUUAUUUUAUGGGCAGUUGUGAGGAACGCGUAACAACUCGGUGCCUGCAUAAUUUCAUCGAACAAGCAGAAGAGAGAGCAAUUGUGGAAUCUUCGGAAAAAUUUUUUGAAAAUUAUAAUCAACUUAUCCAAUUAUUUAAAAGAGUAUUGCCUCAAUUAAGAAAUUAUAAUUAUCAAAUUGUCAUCAAAGCUGACAAAGUACCUGCAGGAGAACACGCUGGGAGGUUCAACGCACCAACCGUAGAUGAAGUUGCUGUUAUUAUGGUUGGUGAUCCAGUUAACAACAGAGACCUCAAAAUCAUACGUCGAGACAGCACUGUUCAUAUAAUUUCAGACCUUCAUCGUUCGUAUGACGCACUUCAGUAUCCCCUAAUAUUCUGGCAAGUGCAGGAUGAAUAUCACAUCAACAUCAAACAGCGUAAUGAAAUCAAUAAAAAAGUAAGUUCAAUGAACUACUACGCGCAUCGAUUGAUGAUUAGACUUAAUCAAGAUAAUUAUAUCCUUCGAUAUCGUCAACUAUUCCAUCAAUAUGUUGUGGAUAUGUUUGCUAAGAUCGAAAGUGAACGUUUACGGUAUAUUAGAUACAACCAGGCUAAAUUAAGAUCAGAAGAAUACAUCCAUUUACGAGAUGCUAUCAUCGGAAACAUCGAUGAAAAUUUAAACACCAAUGACAUCGGAACUGCAUGUAUUUUACCUUCAAGCUACAUCGGCAGUCCACGGAGCAUGCAGGAAUACAUACAAGAUGCGAUGACUUAUUUUUUGGUAACACACGUUGGCUGGCUGUAUUCUAUUGAGUGGCAAAAGCGAGGUUUGCCUCAUUCUCAUAUUUUGGUUUUGCUUGAAGAUAAAAUUCGUCCAGAAGAAAUUGACCAAAUAAUUUCUGCCGAAAUUCCGGAUCCACUAACUGACUCAGAAUUGUUCGAUAUUGUUACCAGUCACAUGAUCCACGGACCGUGUG